GGAAGCGACCUCAAGACGGCAUUCGGAAACCCAUAUUAAUCGACUAAGCAUGAUUCCCUCCUCUUCUGGAGGCAGUGGAGUUCCCCAUCGUCUCCUGAAUUUAGAGUCUGGGAACUUGUCCUCAUCGUCUUCUACCAGCUCUCCUCCGCCCGGGAAUCAUCACCGCCAACCAACAGUUGAGGAAGAUGGCGAUGGCCGUGAUUCACCAAGUACGCGAAGUCAGAGCCACAGUGUCCCAUUAAGCGAAUCGGGAGAUCGUAUAAACAGGUUCACCAUUCCAUACAUUAUUUCCGGGGCCCUCACUCUGUCGUUCGGCCGUCUAACCCUCUUCGCAGAAUAACUUUCAAGCGUCGGCAGAGAGGGUCUUCGUCUCGCUAUUCACUCUUCUCAGUGGGAACACCGUCAGCUGCUACAACUCCAUCUCUCCUCCCACCGGAGCCAGCGUACAGCCCAUACUCCUCUGGAACCAACCUCGAUCAACUCCAUCAUCCAGAACCGGGCCAAAAAGACCUGACACAGUCGGCCUUAGACCCUUGGUCAUCUGAAGGCCCCGGACGACGGGUUUAUGAUGAUCUUACGGCUAUAGAUUGGAUAUUCGAAUACACAAAAGAGCGGAUACGCACUCGGGCGCUUCUCCGGCGCGGGGGGGUGCUAGGACACAUUGUGCAAUUAUGGGAUUCGAGUCAGGUGUGGAUUGUGUUAAUAGGCACAGGGCUGGCGGCUGGACUACUGGCGGCAGGUAUUGACAUCGUAACGAACUGGUUGGGGGAUUUGAAGCACGGCUAUUGCAACUCGCAUUUUUACUUAAGCCGAGAGUUCUGCUGCUUGGGGCUUGAGCGUAGGUUUCCUGAUAUUACACUGGGAACAAAUGGCGGUAAAGACUGAUUUUUGGCCUCCGCAGCAAGCGACAAGUGCAUUAAUUGGAUUCCGUGGAGUCAAGCGCUGGGAGUGACAGGCUCCAAAGCUGGCAGUUAUAUCAUCGAAUAUUUGUUCUAUAUCACGUUCUCCGUACCGACUCCACCACUGACGCCAAUACGCUCUAUCCAUUUUUCUAACCAUUAUCUUCACACAGAUUGUCUUUGCAGCAAUCGCAAGUCUCUUGGUCACGAAAUAUGCCAUGUACGCGCGUCAUAGUGGAAUUCCAGAGAUCAAGACUGUCCUCGGGGGUUUCGUUAUCCGACGAUUCAUGGGAACCUGGACAUUAAUUAUCAAAUCCCUCGGCUUGGUGAGCCUGCGCAUCCCCGCAUGAACAAAAAAUUCUAACGUUAUGAUAUACCAGUGCUUGGCCGUUGCCUCCGGCCUAUGGUUGGGUAAAGAAGGUCCUUUAGUUCACGUUGCAUGCUGCUGUGCCAAUCUACUCAUGAAAUUGUUUUAUGCGCUGAGGAAAAAUGAAGGUAGAAACCCGCAUUCAGAACAACACCUUUGGCACAGGACUAAUAUCUGUGAACAGCCCGAAAACGUGAGGUCCUCUCCGCCGCCUCUGCAGCCGGGAUCUCAGUUGCCUUUGGAUCACCAAUCGGAGGUGUGCUAUUCAGCCUGGAACAAUUAUCAUACUACUUUCCAGAUAAGACAAUGUGGCAGUCCUUCGUCUGCGCCAUGGUAGCUGCCGUAACAUUACAACUCAUGAACCCAUUCCGGACUGGCAAACUGGUCUUGUAUCAAGUGAAGUACACUCGCGGCUGGCACGGCUUUGAAAUGGUCCCGUUUGCCAUCCUCGGGGUUCUGGGGGUUCGUUUUGUCUCAAACUGCCGCAGAUACCACGUGGGUGUUUUAUGCUAACAAGUAAUAGGGCCUCUACGGAGCCUUUUUUAUAAAACUAAAUAUGAAAAUUGCCGGGUGGAGGAAAGAAUCUAGGUUUAAGAAAUACCCCGUAGCGGAGGUGGUAACUGUCGCGGUAGUCACCGCGAUAAUAAACUUUCCAAUAACCUUCAUGAAGUGCCUCUCCCUCCCUCCCCUUUCUAUCUCCACUAGCUGACCCCACAAAGGCCCCAAUCCUCAGAACUAGUAGCGAACCUUUUCCAAGAAUGCUCCCCCAAAACUGACGACUUCCUAAACCUGUGCAGCCACGGCAAAGCCGCCGGGCCAAUCCUUCUUCUCCUGCUCUCAUCGCUGCUAGUAAUGCUUCUAGCCUCAGCCACCUUCGGUCUGCAGAUCCCCGCGGGGAUAAUCCUCCCAUCAAUGGCUAUUGGCGCACUCUACGGGCGCGCAAUGGGAAUGGUAGUCCAAGCCUGGCAACGCAACCAUCCACGCAGCUGGAUAUUCACCUCUUGCGAUCCCGACAUCGAGUGCGUGACACCCGGGGUAUUCGCCAUCAUCGGUGCAGCCUCCGCCCUCGGCGGGGUAACUCGAAUGACGGUCUCCAUCGUCGUGAUAAUGUUUGAACUGACGGGAGCGCUGACCUACGUCCUACCAAUCAUGAUAGCAGUGAUGAUAUCGAAGUGGGUCGGCGACGCGUUCGGUAAGCGCGGCAUCUACGAAUCCUGGAUCCAGUUCAAAGAAUACCCGUUCUUGGAUAACCGCGAUGAUCCGGUUCCCGAUAUUCCUGUUAGAGAGGUCAUGACCAGGAUUGAAGAUCUGGUGGUUAUCACAGAGACAGGACAUACUAUUGAUUCCCUGGAGGGUAUUUUGGCAAGCCAGCCGUAUAAAGGAUUUCCCGUCGUUAGCGACACUCGCCAGGCUGGGCUAGUGGGGUACAUCUCGAGAUCGGAAUUGCGAUUCGCGCUGGAUCAAGCACGGACUCGCGGUGCCAGCGGUGAUACGGAGUGCUUGUUUACGGCGCCACGCAGCGUUAUCGAGGGAGAUUACUUGGACUUGCGGCCCUGGAUGGACCAAACUCCUAUUACCCUCUCGCCAAAAAGCAGUCUCAUGCUUGUGGCAAAUCUUUUCCAGAAGUUGGGGUUGAGAUAUGUGCUCUUUGCCACGCAUGGGUUACUCCAGGGCGUGCUCACCAAGAAGGAUGUUUACUUUGUGCUCAAUGCUGAGGAGGGCGCUGCCGGGGUUGCCGGGAGGCUGUCCGGUAUUGGAGAGGGCAGAGAGGGGAGGAGGUUGUUGGGGGGCGAUCUGGAGAGUGAGGCUGAGGAGGGGGAUGAUGAGGUUGGGUUGUUGGGGGAGGAGAGUGACGGGCUGUAGGAGAAGGUCUAGCGUGUUCUGUCUCCUCCACGAUAUAUGUACUUUACGACCGGGAUUUGGUGGGAGUUUUUGGGUUAUUCAUUUGAACAGAUUGUAGAUACAUGUGAGGAAUCUCAAGGAUGCUCGAUCGGUUGGGGUUCAAGUUCUUUCUGGG